AUGCACGACGAACUUUCGACGAACGGUUGGUAUUACGUAAACACCCUUCCCACUUCCCCUUCUUCUUCAACCACCUUUAAAUACAAGCACAAAAUAAAAAAAGAACCUCUAAAAAUGGAACACUUGUCCCAUUCAAACCUAGAGCUCUUUGAUUUUGAUUGUAAUUUGACGCAUGAAGAUCUUUGUCACAAUGUCCAGCGAUUGCUACAACACGCAACAGCUGUCGGAGUAAAGGAAAUGGUAGUACCUGGUGCUACAAUCGAAGAAUCUCAACGAGCUAUUGAACUUUCGAGCCACUAUCCGACUCGACUUUUUCCAACGGCUGGAGUCCACCCAUACAAUGCUCGGAUAAUGCCAACAGACGAGGAACUUACAACGCUUCGAAAUCUUGUCAUGCUCGAUAAUGUUUAUGCCGUGGGAGAGUGUGGAUUGGACUAUUCCCCACAUUUUCCCGACCGAGAAUUCCAGAAACAAUGGUUUGCACAACAAUUGGCAAUGGCCUGUGCGUUGAAAAAACCGCUUUUCUUGCACGAACGACUGGCACAUCAAGACUUUAUUCGAUUGAUUGACCAAGCUACCAAGAACUCGGAUGGUUAUUUUCCACCAGCAGUUGUGCACUGUUUUACUGGGAACGAGGACGAGUUAAAGACGUACAUUGGACGUGGUAACGACUGGUACAUUGGUAUCACGGGAUUUAUUUGCAAGAAACAAGGAGCCGCACUGAAAGAAAUGAUCAAACAUGUACCUCUAGAUCGACUUGUUCUCGAGACGGAUGCACCGUACAUGGGAUUUCCAAAGUGUCGAUCUGCUGAGUCUAGUGAAACCAAAAAACAGUAUCCAAACGUGCCCAGUGCAAUGCCCUUGGUGGCUCAAGCUGUUGCCUCGGCUCUCGGUUACUCAUUACAGGAAAUUGCAAUGAUCACGAGAGCUAAUGCACGUCGCUUUCUACGUCUAUGA